AGCUGCUCUAAACCACAGCGCAGAUCAGAAGACUUUAAACAGGAAGCGUCCUUGCCGCUGCUGCAGAUGCCUGACUUCUACCCGGAGUGAACCCGUUCGCUACACAAAACGCAAGAACAACUGGCUGAUUAAUCCUCCAGCAAGAGCCUGCUCUAGGAAGAUCAGGUUGCAAUCCUUCCUUUGUAGCUUUACACCACACCCCUUCAAUGUAAAUUAGCAGGGAAGGAUUCUAUUCAGUACUGAUUCAGGAAUUCUUUCUUCAAGAACUGUUGCUAGGCGUUUGGAAAGAUGAAAGGAAGAAAGAAGGGCUGUUCCUUACCUUUAACCUUUAUCUUGCUGUUCAUCUGUACCACUGGGCAUGCAACUACUAACUUAGAUGAAAGAGAAGACGACUAUGUCCUGGGUGCUGCUUUGCCACCACUGAAACUAGGGCAUUCAGUCUGUGCCAUGAAAGCAGAUGAAGGUCCAUGCAAAGCAAUCCAUAUGCGCUAUUACUUCAAUAUUCAAAGCCAUGAGUGUGAAAUAUUUGAAUAUGGUGGAUGCCAUGGCAAUGAAAACAACUUUCUAACACUGGAAGAAUGUCAGAAGAAGUGUGUGGUAACAGCCACAGCAAGGGAAAGAAUAAAAUUACUUCAGAAGAGGAUGUUGACAAAAAUUAAGGAAGAAAAGCCCAACUUCUGCUUUCAUGAGAAAGACCCUGGAAUUUGCCGAGGCUAUUUUUCCAGGUACUUCUAUAACAAAGAGACAAAGUUAUGUGAAGUAUUCAAGUACGGUGGGUGCCUAGGAAACCAGAAUAACUUCAAGAAUUUGGAAGAAUGCCAGACUACCUGCCAAGGCAACUCAAAUUUAUUGCCAAUUGUUCCAACUGAAGAGCACCCUAACACUGUGAACAACAGUUCCCUGGUAGAAGUACCCAACCAGUUCCCUGGGACUUUUGUAAAUUUGUUGCCAACUGCACCAAAUAAGAAGUCAAACACUCUGAACAGUAGUUCCCCAAAAGAGAAGCGCAACCAGUCUCCCAUUUUCUUUGAACCACCCCCUAUCCCUUCUUUGUGUAUGACCCCUAUGGACAGAGGACUUUGUAGAGCCAAAGAGCUAAGAUUUUUCUACAACUUCUCAACUGGAAGAUGUCACACAUUUAGCUACAGUGGUUGUGGUGGGAAUGAAAAUAAUUUCACCUCCAGAAAGUCGUGUUUGAGGAUCUGCAAGAAAGGAUUCAAUAAAAAAAAAGGUGAAAGAAGAUUAAUAAAAAUCAAGAAGAAAAGAAAGAAAGAGUCAGUAAAGCCUCUGUAAGGGGAAAUCAACCCUGAAAGAAUACAGCUUUGAUUUUUAUGGAACUGUGAACUGAAUGUAAUUUUUGUGGAAAUGUAAACUACUAUUCACCUGUGAGUGAAAGCCUUUAGUGUACACCUUUUAAAUGUAUUUACUGUACUGAUUAUUUUGAUUACACUAUUAUUAAACUGAUUGUUUUUCUUAUGUAUUCCUCAUUCAUGUUAAUAAACAUAACCUUUUACUUUGA